GUAACCACCAUCAUGAUGGAGUGCUAUAAAAAUGAAGUCCACUCUGCUUCUGUUUCUAACACACACUCCCAUACUUUUCUACUAUUAUCAUAACAAUGAACGUGUCUGUUCUCAUUGUCGGUGCUGGGCCUUCAGGUCUUUCUUUGGCUCUCGCUUUGCUCCAGAAUGGAAUUUCUGUCCGUAUCAUAGACAAAGUGUCUACAUGUCAGACCGGCAAGAGAGGCGCCGGUAUCCAGCCCAGGAUCCUUGAGCUACAGAAGCUUCUUGGCGUUCUGCCAGAUAUUCAGAAGAAAGGAAAGUUCGUUUCGCCUAUGAUCCAGUAUCUUCCAGGGGGUCAGACAAAGACCGUCGAAGUAAUAGCAUACAUGGAGAAUACCCCCGACCGACCUUACGCCAAAACCUACACGAAGAGAUUCUCCGCGAGCACUUGUCAAAAUAUGGCGUCGCAGGUCGAGUUGGACACCGAGCUUGUGUCCUUUGAGCAAGUUCUUGACCGAGUAGUCUCUCACGUUAUCAAGACUCGUGAUGGGGAACGAUUUGAGGAGUCCAUCGAGAGCCAAUGGAUCAUUGGCGCCGAUGGCGCACAUAGCAUCGUCCGUAAAACGCUUGGCUUGACUUUCCUCGGAGAGAUAAGGGAGGGAGAUCAUGUCGUCGUGGGUGAAAUUUAUAUGAAGAAGCCGUUGCUGGAUACAAAUCUAUGGCAUCUAUGGGGCGAAGCUGCGACAAAAAGCGUGAUCCUUGCAGCAUAUGACACCGGAGAUACAGGUGAAUACGGUGUUGUUUGUAUGGGACGCGAUUUAGAUGCGGAUAAAAUGGCGUCCAGUCGAGAGGAAUUUGUCAAAGCUGUCUAUGAAAUAACUGGACGUACUGACAUCGAGUUCGGUGAUGUUAUCAACCUUUCGAGCUUCCAAACCAAUGUUCGAAUGGUGAAUAGUUACGGUUCCGGACGGGCUUUUGUUGCAGGCGAUUCCGCACACGUUCACAGCUUUACUGGUGGUCAGGGACUCAACUCGGGUAUCCAAGAUGCCGUCAACUUAGCUUGGAAGCUCGCUCUUGUUCAAAAGGGCUUAGCUCCCCAGAGUCUCAUCGAUAGUUAUUCCCAAGAGCGCAUUCCCGUCAUCGCAGAAAUGCUUGACAAGACUUCUGAGCUCCUUACUAAAACUUUCACCUCUGGAGGCGUCGGACAGACACUCAAGGGCUGGAACAGAUCCUACGAGCUUCGUCAAUUGGGUGUCAACUACCGCGGUAGUCCGAUCGUCGUGGACGAAACCCCGGUCAAAGGCGAAGAAACCAUCGAUCCGUACCGCUCAGGCAACGAUGGCACCAUCCGAGGCGGUGACAGAGCCCCCGACGCCCCUGGUCCUCAUUUUGUUAAUGACCCCACGCGCAAGACGAGUCUCUUUGAUAUCUUCGGGUUGUCAUACCACACACACUGUUGUUUUGGAUGCUCUGAAGAGCUUACCCCGCCAGGUAUCGUCAAGACGGUGGUCAUUCUUCCUCAGAAGCCGACGGGUGUUGUUUCUGCGGACUACGUACUGGUGGAUGGUGAUGGAUAUGCGUACAAGCAUUAUAAUAUGGCGGAGAAGCUCACCAAAAUUGUUGUUGUGCGGCCCGAUGGGAUGAUUGGUGGGCUCGUAGAUGGGAAAGACGGGUUGAAGCAGUACUUCAGCGGGAUCCUUCUGUGAUUGAUAUAGUGUAACGUCGCGUGCUAGAUUGUAUUCAUCAACCCACCUCUCAUAGAUA